AUGGUUAGUUCGACCGUUGCUUUCGAUAAAAAGUCAUCCACGACACCAGUAGAGAGCACCUCAGUCGACCAAAAUGAUAGCAGUACUAUUUCCUCCCUGCCUUUCAGCAGCAGCGUUAGCGGCCCCUGUAAUGAUACGGCAGGUGUGCUGACACACGAUAGUAGUGGUAUCACGUCCGCGAACGAUGUGCCCACGGCGUUGAGUUUUAGUGAACAGAAAAUAUCCUUGCUAUUCCCAAAAUGCAAACCGCGCAGUGAGUACCACUAUGUCAUGAACAGCAGCAGUAGCAGCAGUGCUUGUGCGAACGGUAAUAGUAGCAAAAACAAUAAUAAUUGCCUGAUGGACGUCGGCAGCAUGUCGCUCGGUUCCACGCAUUCGCUUGCGACGUAUGUGACGCGUACCAGCCCGCCUACCGUUGUUCCGGCUCCAGGUAACAAUGCUGCGGCAGCCUCGAAGGUCUACAUGGACAUGAGCACGUACGGUAACAAUAAUAGCGGUGGAAGUAACAGCAGCACCAACCACGGUACGAGCGAGUUUGACUAUAAUGCCGAAAAGGAAUUGGUCGUUGGUAAGGGAUUGCAGAUGAAUACGUGCGGCAUGAACAACAACAUCGGUGGAGGUGGUAACAACGCCGGCGGUAAUAAUAAUCACUACAGCAACAACCAUCCUGCCGGUGGAGGCAACAGCGGCGGUGGUGGAGGAGGUGGAGGUGGAGGCUCAGGAAGUAGUGGAGUUGUUGGUGGUGGAACAGCCGGUGGAGGCAUGGGUAUGAAGAGUGACGUCUACGGUAGCAGCAGUAUAAAACAUUCGUCCAAUCAAUCCGUCAGCAAGAACACCUCAUCUACCGACGGUUACAGCUUUUACUACAGCAAUCAACCACCUUCGCUGACGUGCUCGCCAACCGAAAAUCAAUCUGCUAUCAGCGUCGCAACACUGGGUAAUAACAGCAGCAGUACAACGGGUGGCCUCCUGCUAUCCGAUGACGACGAAGCGAGCGAACGCACCAAGAAGGAUUCAUCCGGUGCGGGCAGAUGGAUGGAGCGCAACUACUGUCACCUUUCCGUCUCCCACUAUCCGAGCCAAGUAUCCAAGUCGAAAAGUGGUACCGGUGGUGGAAGCGGUAGCAUUGGUGUAAUGCAGGCACCCAAGCGGGGAAUCGUAUCUGCCUCCGCUUACAAACCGGUGAACUGCUACAAUAUGGUACUACAGUCACCGCUCGAGGAUGAGAGUGACAUGGAGGACAAGUUGAAGUAUUUCAACUACCAGCAUGAGAUGCAGACGUACAAUAGUACGCGCAAGGACAAGCUGGCUGGAUUUGGGAGCAGCAUCGACAUGCACUGUGUGGGUGGUAGUAUCGGUAGCGAGGGUGAAGAAAUUGUCGUCCUUAGUAGCAAUACAAAGGAGCACGGUAACUCGCUGUCGGUUACACAACCGAAGCCGGACUCUCUGUCGGAUGAGUCGGGACCGGGGCGAAAAGGUGCAUUGCACAUGGGCCAGAAGCUGGAGCACGUGCCGCACGUCGGACUCAGCGUUGCAAGUCCGAGUGUGGAGAAUGAGCAGACGUUGAAUUCAGUUGAUUUUGGCGAUAAAAUGUUAACACACUAUCCCGUAAAACCGAUCACAUUGGACGAUAGUGAGGAAAUGGUCGAGAAUAAAGUCAGCACGGGAUCCAACAUCAUUGAGUACGAUGGAUCGCCGAGACGGUUCGGGUUGAAUUUGUGCGAUGAAAGCGACUGCUACUUAGCGUCUAGUGUGAAAAUAAAUCUAACGUCCCCCUCACUACUAACGCUACCUCGGCCGGGAUUUCCGCAGCGUGUUUUAUCAACGACAACGACGGUUGCCAACAAUAAUAGCAUGACUGUCGGUCAAACCACCACCGGCAACGCUAGCUGUUCUCCUUCGCUGCUAGAUCAGGUGAACUCUACAUUGAGCAAGACGCUGUUGUUAGACGCAAGGAAUUCCAGAUCUCAAAACGAUGUGGACGGUACGAACAGCUACGGUAGUGGCGAUUUGUCCAAAACAGCUGGCAGCAGGAAAGAGCAGGACCACCACGUCUACGACUUGUUGCCAUGUGACAUUAAAGUUGGCAAACCGUCACCGUCCGAGAUGAGCAAACCGUUGGAGAAAAUCCAACUCAGCGCACAAACAGCGGAGGAUGAUUUAACGAUGGGUACUUCCAGCUUUCCACCCAUGGCCAACUCCUCCACGUUCGAUUAUCUGUACGAGUUUUCCGAAACGCGCAAAGUGCUGGAAGAGUUCUUCAAGUGUCCGUCGACCGAGGACGUGGAGAAAUUCAGCGAUUACAAUGAUAGCGCGGACGAGGAUGGGGAAAGUCUGGACGUGCAUUACGACUAUCCAGUUGAUAUGGAGCGGUCGAAAACAAUCGAAACAACAUAUAUUGGCAAUAUGAACGGCUCCGGAAAGCAGGACAACAUUACGCACUCCCCCAAGUCCCCUAUUCUCAGCGACGGUCCAACGCUGGAGGAGGAAGACGACGAUACGGCUGAUGUGGAGGAUGAAGAGGAGGAGGAUGAGAAGGAAAAUGGUAUGGCGAAGUACAAUUACAAGCUGAAGAGCAAAUCUCGCAUGACCGAGUAUUGUGGGCUGCGGAAGAAAAAGUCUGAAGCGCACCUAAAAGGCCACACGGGUUUGGAAGGAACGGACCGGUUCUGCAACAUCGAUUAUGAUCGGCGUGAGGACGAUGGUGUCAGAUUGUCGCUUAAAUCCACCCUACAGUCGGCGAGUGAUGCACGCGACUACGCAAUGUACGUACAGAGCAGCCUGCUCAAGAGUUACCCAGAGCAGCAACAGCAGCAGCAGAUCGACUCACACACCGGCAGUCAAAAUCAGUCAUCAAACCAGCAUUCUAACAACGUGAAUGAGUUGCGUUUCAAUACGUAUAUCAAUGGCGAAAGCCGUACGAGCAGUUAUGACGCCAUAAAUGACGCAAACUACGAUGGACAUCCAAUUAUUUCGAACGGCAGCGACAAGGACCCGCUGCACUACUCCCUCAACGGUGAUAGCGGCGAUGGGCGCAAGGUGUUUACACGGAAAUAUAGCAAAAACUUCAAUUAUUCGCCUGAUACGACUGAUUACGAUUCGAACUGCGGCGAUUACGACAGCGAAAUAUCGCCACAGUAUGGUAGCGACUUUGGUCUCAUAUCCGGUAACGGGGCUACCAUGUGCGAUGAUCUAAAUAAUGGCGUGAUUAGUGCUACUUCCGGCGCACCGACCGGAACUGGGGAGUCGCUCAACUGUCUGUUUGCAAAUAAUGCAAACAACUACUCGCGCUACUACGCUGCAAUGCCGGUACUGGAGGAUGGGCUGUCCAGCGGUCAUGUAUCCGACUCGGAGAACAAUCUGAAUGCGAACACGAUGACGGGUUUACUGCCGCCAGAUCUGGUCACCGGCAGCGUAAAGCAGAUGACGGGAGGUGGAAACAAUGGCGGCAAUGGGGGUUUAAUGCAAUCGGGCAGUGGAAAUACAUACGGUCUUCUAGGAGCACAGUCGCCUUCGGCAAAGCAAUCGAUAUCGUCAUCGCCCAUUGUAUCGAAGGAAAUGAAAGGCGCUCAAGGAUCGAAUGUACAGCAGGCACCGCAACAGCAGCAGAACCAAACCACUAAUGUCGAGGGCUACUUUGUGAACAACACCUUCCGUAUGGGGAAUCUUAAGCUGAACUCGGGAAUGCUGCACAACGCAAGUAUAUUUAAGAACCGCGAUCCAGAACUAGAAUCUCUGUACACUAUAAAUACUAUACAAUCGACUCCACCACCUCCGGCGCCAGCACCACACAGGAAAUCUUCGAUUGAUUGUGAUAACCCAUCGAUGCAGCAACAACAACAGCAGCAACAACCCGCGCAGCAAAAGCAACACCAGCUACAACACCUGCAACAGCUUCAACAGCAGCAGCAGCAGCAACAAUCGCAACAGCAAGGGCAACCACAACAAUCACAACAGCAACAGUUCAACCACUCACAGACGUCCAACACCGACGUACAGUCCACAUUGAAGGACAUUAGACUUUGCUUGCAGAAAACCAAGAACCUGAAUUUAGCUAGCGGCAACCAAUCUAGGAAAACGUUCGACAAAAGCAUCAUAUGUUCUAGCGAGUUUCCCGAAUCGCUUGGCACGGCCGUUAGCGGUGCGGUCAGUGGUGGAGGUACGAACAGUGUGAGCGGUGGAGUCAGCACCGGUCCCAGUCUGUCACCGAUAUGGAUACCUCGUACGCGUACUAACGACGACUUUAGUAGCAAAACAAUUGCAAAUGGAAGCGCAACGCUGCAGUCGUCCGUCGGCGGUAAUGGGCCCAACGUACUUUCAAACGGUUUACAGUCCGUUUCCGGAACUUCCUGUAAGCUCUCUUCAUCACCAUCGUCGAUGCACACAUCACUGCAAGCAUGUUCGAAGCCAGCCACCGGUACAGCGGCGGGAGAUUUUGCCGAGGAGACGGAUGUGCUUAUCGCACCAGGAGCUCCUUCUAAAACGAUGGCACUUGUCGAUGAGGACGAGGAUCCGGACACAGAUCUCGAAACCGAUCGGCUGCUUGGACACCAGCGGUUGGACGAUCAAGGGUUUUACGAUGAAAGUAACAACAAACUCUGGAGCAGCGAUCGUAAAACGGGCGCAUCCCGGUUACUGACACUGGGCAAAGUGUCUCCAAAGCAGCAAAACGCAUCCCAGUCCACGAGCACGGUGGGAACGACGGGAUCGGUUGUGGGUGCUGGCGGGGUAGCUAAUAAACCUACCGGUCAGGGUCCUCUGGGUGAACGAUUGGGUGGAUCGGUUGGGGUGCGUGGUAAUCAACCGAACGGUACCAGUAAUUUCCUUCCAUCAUCCGGUGCGGGUAUAACUAAUUCCGGUAUUGCUGGCACAAACUCGACUACCCCACUGUCGGAACUAGGUACGUCGGCGACCGCAAUGCCAACGUCCGUUGCCGGCAAUACAGUGAAUGGUGGUGUUGGCGCGACGUCCACCAACUGUCACAAAAGCGCGAAAACCAGCGGCAACUUGAUCAACUUUAACGGUCCAAACGAACCACAGACGCAGCUAACGUCGCCGAAUCCCAGUCCACAGCACUCGCUAAGCGAGGGAAAUUUAUUGGACAAGUCGAACGAUUCGGGCAGUCCGAGUGGAUCAACUAAAUCGAAGUCGCUUCACAAUAACGAUACCAAGAGGAAAUCGAAGAAUAAGGAAGUUCUUAUUGAGGGUGUUCUUUUUCGGGCACGUUACUUAGGGUCAACUCAGCUGGUCUGCGAGGGACAGCCCACGAAAUCUACUCGUAUGUUGCAGGCAGAAGAAGCUGUUUCCAGAAUAAAGGCUCUGUCUCCCGAUGGCGAGGUUCAACCAAGUACGGAAGUUGAUCUCUUCAUAUCCACCGAAAAGAUAAUGGUACUAAACACGGAUUUGAAGGAAAUCAUGAUGGACCAUGCGCUGCGUACGAUCUCCUACAUAGCUGAUAUUGGAGAUCUCGUGGUACUGAUGGCUCGUCGGCGCUUCGUACCACAGGAUGUAGACUCCACUGACUCGUCCGGUGGUGCUGGGAAUGGGUCGGGUUCACACACGGCUCGAGAUGUGGCCGGCAGUGGCAGCACACCGUCACAGAAGCUUGCCAGCGGGCCGAAGGGCAAUCGCACACCGAAGAUGAUCUGCCAUGUGUUCGAGAGUGAGGAGGCACAGUUUAUUGCCCAGAGCAUCGGCCAAGCGUUUCAGGUCGCGUACAUGGAGUUCCUGAAGGCGAACGGAAUUGAAGACCACAGCUUCAUGAAGGAGAUGGACUACCAGGAGGUGCUGAACAGUCAGGAAAUCUUUGGCGACGAGCUGGAGAUUUUCGCGAAGAAGGAACUGCAGAAGGAGGUGGUGGUGCCGAAGGCGAAGGGCGAAAUACUCGGCGUGGUGAUCGUCGAGUCCGGUUGGGGCUCGAUGCUACCGACCGUGGUGAUUGCGAACCUAGCGUCUUCCGGUGCGGCCGCCCGAUGCGGACAGCUGAACAUCGGCGAUCAAAUAAUCGCCAUCAACGGACUGAGCCUGGUCGGGUUGCCGCUUUCCACCUGCCAGGGUUACAUCAAGAACACCAAGAACCAAACCGUGGUGAAAUUUACGGUCGUCCCGUGCGCCCCAGUGGUGGAGGUGAAGAUUAAGCGACCAAACACGAAGUACCAGCUUGGGUUUAGCGUACAGAAUGGUGUGAUUUGCAGCCUGCUUCGGGGUGGAAUUGCCGAGCGUGGCGGUGUUCGUGUGGGUCAUCGCAUCAUCGAAAUCAAUAACCAAAGUGUCGUUGCAGUGCCGCACGAAAAAAUUGUAAAUCUGUUAGCCACUUCUGUUGGCGAGAUAUUAAUGAAAACCAUGCCCACUUCAAUGUUCCGACUGCUCACUGGACAGGAAAAUCCUAUAUACAUAUAAAUUAGUCAUUUUUUUACAAUGAGUUAGGGCCAUCGAGCAGGUCCUAAGCUUGUAAUAACUAGAUAUUGUGCUGAGAAAACAAAAAAAAGAAACAGACACACACACAUACAUUUGACUCUAUAUACUUUAUGAUUUUUUGUAAUGUAUACAUAUAUAUAAAAAAAAACGAUUAUAUGUGUAUAUUUCUAGCAAUCUUUUGGAAUUGAUUCAUACCUUGGCCUUGCAACUUACAUAAUUAUCGUUAUGAAUAUGAGCAUAAUACACACACAUACACAUACAUACACACACAUACACACACAACACGCGGGUACAUCCAACGUUAUGCGCCACAUACGUAACACAAUACGAAACUAUUGGGAAGAAAGGACGAAAGUUAAUGCUAGGGCCUCAAAUACACAUAACGCAGCCAGAAUUUAUCAAUACUCAUACACGACUAAAUGUAAAUCGUUGAGUUUAAAACAUUGCAAACGGUAUAAUAAUAAAGCUUUUUGCAUUUGGUGGUUUCGUGAGAGUUAGAAAGUGCGAGAAAGAGUCAGUAAAAGGUGAGCACAAGCACAAGUUGAAACAAAGAAAAAGAGAUCUGCGAAACAAAUACCUUUCGAAACAUUUCACUAAACGGAAGAGAAGAACAAUGGAAGAAAACCCCCAAAAACAUCAAAACCCUUUUGACGGUACGACAACCAAAGAUACCAUUUAUUGUAAUUACCUUUAAUGAAAGGGCAGAAAAAGAGGAAAAAAAGAGCAAUGAAGAGAAAAACAAAACAAGUAGUGAAAGAAACAGAAUCUCAGAAACUGAUAUAUUUUUUGAAAUCGUUUAAUAAGCAAAAUCAAGCUAAAAAAGGCAAAAGUAAACCAAAAAAAGAAGAGGUUACACGAAAAGGGAUAAACAGAGGAAGAUGUAAAGAAGGCAAUGAAGCUAUAAGCCAUACACAUAAACAUAUAAGGUAACAAACAUAAGCUUUGCGCUGAGUGGUGGAACUGAAACAAAUUCUAGACUAUCGAUCGAUUUGCAUUGAUCGGAACAGUACUCAUUAAUCGUUUACACCAUUUUGUUGUGUUCUGGUGUGUCACUAACAAGUGAAAAAGGAACAGAUGAGGCGUAGUUACAGUGACCUAGGAAGAAACAAAUACGAACUAAAUCUAACAAAGGAAAGGGUUAAGGCUAUAAUUUGUGAGAAACACAAACACCUGCAAAACAAAACAAACACAAAACACACACACACACACACACGCAACAUUUUAGGAUAUCAACCACAUUACACAUUUUACCCUGUGCUCAGUGUUGCUUCAUCUUACGCUUGCGAAGGUACUACGGCGUGUGCAAGCUGCUGCGGCUAUAAUUAAUAUAUCUGCUGUCCAUAAAAGAAGAAAACGUUGUGUAAAGUUCACAAAACAGGUGUGAUUGCGUGAUUAGUUGUUCAAGAAGAAGCCACAGUAACAAGAAGAAGAGAAGAAAAAAACAAUACACCGUCCUAAAAGAGAGAACAAAACAAAAGUAAGCGAGAUUACUUACAAUGCUCAGAACACAAACCAAUACCGGGUAGUAGAUGAAUAUUGAUGGCAGAUUUGCAGUACUCUAGUGGCUUCUAUUUCAAAUCCUGUUCGCAUCUAUAUUGAGUGACGUUGAUGCACCCAUAGGCACUGUAAUACUGAGUUUUUGCGGUGCUUCGUUCAACUGAGUUUGUGUUUUUCGGUGCAAUGAAUCUCGAAAUCAUUGGGACGUACCGCUGGAAGUUAAAGGAUAUUAGUAUUGACCGCUUUCGUGUGCCAUCAACAGUAUUUGCUUUUGAAUUAGACUGACCGGCUUUUCUUUUUCUUGGAGAGGCGUUUAGGUAUAGUUUUUACUUAUACAUACACUGACAAAAUUCACGCAUUGCGCAUUAUUUAGGUUUAACAUGAAACAGAGACCUCUCUAUUCGAGAGCGACUAGUACGGAACGUGUGUCAUGCGUCGCGAAUGUUCCACCAUCAUUCAUUCAAUGGUAGCAAUCAGUACGGAAGUCGCCUAACAAACGUUGCUUCGCAAGGGGAGAACAAAAUACAAAUGCAAGCGACCGAAGGGAAUCGGUUCGGCUAUUUAUGUGAACCAUGGUUUAAUGGAGAAUUAAUCUGGGAAGGUUUUGGAUAUUUACUUCUGCAAUUUGUAAAGAAAGAAGAACAAAAAAAAAAACACACUAACAACAACACAGUGACAAUGUGAUGUCUAAACAAACAAAUAAAAGUAAAUAUUAGAUAAAUGUAAAGAACAAAACAAAAACACUCACACAUUUACAAAAGAAGAAGACAAACACACAUACAUGUGCGCGCAAAGAUAGCAAACCGGAACAAGACGGGAAAGAUAAAACAGUAAAAAUCGCCAGCAAAAAGGAAAAACAACAACAACAAAAAAAAAAUAAGGAAUGAAAUAUGCAGCAAAAAAGUAAGACAAACAGUAAACAGCUAAUCAAAUCAAUUAAAAAAUGUAAUAACUUAAUUGUCAUCUUGUGUAACGUAUAAAUACGGCGUUUGAUAGCUACUAACAAAACAAAAAAAAACAACCGAUGCGUAUUUAUCAUUAAAUAAAAAUACUGUAUAUUAGCAUGGGCUGAAAUAAAUAUACAUAUAUAAAUA